AGCUCAACAAUACUUGAGAUAACCAACUUACCUGAGGUGUGUUCCGAUUGAUUUCUCAGCGGGAGACAUGACUGGACUACAUGGAAAUUAUUGCCUGCUCCUUAACCAAUCGGAAUCUAGGAUUUGAAUGUAAGGUGCUUAAUCCCGACCUGUCACACCAACUCCCUGCAGAGCGUCCCUCACCUGCUAAUCACAAUGAAUAAGCCAUUCAUAUCAAACACCAUCUAGCUCCCUCCCCACUGUUUCUAAUAGAAAACUCAUUUGGCUGAAAACAAUCUUAUCCAAGGGAGAUAAUCCCGUUCAGCCUGCGCUGACGAUGACUAGUCAAAGCACACCGGGCUAUUUAAUAGCAGUGUAUGCCUGCAUACCAGCCGUUGUACUCACUCUGGUCAUAGUGGUUCUGUAUGUGUUCUGCUCCAAACGUUACCGGCUCAACUGGUAUGAACGUACACUUUUGGAAGAGAGGUGUUCGGACCAGGUGAGUCCACUACUGCGGAGGGACCAAGCAAUUUCAUUCAUGUCUGGGACAGCCAAAGGCAGAGGGAUACGGGCAGGGAGUUUAAAAACCGAAUGGCUCCUAAACGUCCGCAAGAUGGGGAGUAGUCCCAGUUCGCCAACUGCCGAUGCCAGUGAAAAGUUUUGGGUACCACCGACAGUGAUUGAACGGAAACGUGCUCAGAGUCUGGUUCCUUCUCUUUCCCGGAACGAUAGUGAUGAAGAAAUAAGUUCCGGUGUAGUGACACCUGCCUCAAUACCCGGUCUCCGAGAGUUGGCCUUCACCUUUCCGAGUGAGAAGCUGACUGGGCCAAUGAUGGGAUCUGAGGCUGUUCCAUCAACCCCCCCGCCUGCCUAUAACCAACGAAGAAGAGCGUCAAUGCACGACGCCAUCGAUUUCACUAAAAUUGACACAAGGCUUUAUGACAAAAAGCAACUGGUACGUCAGAGUUCGGUGUCAUCACUCCAAGAGGAGCAGCAAGGCUCCAUCAACCUUAGUAUGGAAUACAACAAGGAGACGUCAAUACUCACGGUACACAUGAUACAAGCCAGGGAUCUUGUACCGCGGGAUUUCAGCGGUACGGCGGACCCAUAUUGCAAAGUUUCCUUACUUCCCGAACAAAGGAGUAUAUUACAGAGCAAGAUUCACAGGAAGACAGUGAACCCCGAAUUUGAGGAGGAGUUUGUUUUUGAGGUGUCAUCACAUAAGUUAGCCAUGACAACCCUGGAGGUGCUAUUGUAUGAUUAUGACCAGUUCUCCCGGGAUGAGUGUAUCGGACAAGUGCAUGUGCCCCUGGAGUUGGUAGAUCUCAGUGAAAAGGUUAUAUUGUGGAAGGGGAUCGUACCUUGCGAGAAAAAGGAUCAACAUGCUAUAGGGGAUCUGAUGUUCUCGCUGUGUUAUUUGCCCAGUGCUGAAAGACUUACCAUUGUUGUAACCAAAGCCAGGAAUCUCCGGCACUCAGAGGAAGGGAAGAUAACUCUAGAUCCAUAUGUGAAAGCAACCUUAUCCUUUUCCGGGAAGAAGUUAAAGAAGAAGAAGACCUCAACAAAACACAACACAACAAAUCCUGUUUGGAAUGAAGCUCUGGUGUUUAACCUUGGCAAGGAGUUCCUCAACAAUAUAUGCUUGGAGCUAGCUGUAUACCAUGACAAUAAGAUCGGCAAUGAUGAACUGCUGGGCAAAAGUCAGCUCGGUCCUGCCUCGGAAGGAGAUGAGAUAGCUCACUGGAAGGACCUCAUCAGUGCCAAGAAUGCAGUUGCUAGGUGGCACAACCUCAGCUGACGCCAGGAAGACGACGAGAUGACGGAACUAAACAAAACCAUGUGUCUCAAAUGGUUGUGAAGUGGUGAUGCUGUACCCAACGUCAAGACUUCUUGGGUUUGGGUUUCCACUAUGUCCUCCAUCACCUGUGAAAACAUCUGCAGCUUUGCAGUGAUGAUGCUAAUUCAAACAACAACUUAAGCCAUGAUCUGUUUUUGGUGAGAGCAAAAUCAGCGAGUGCUCUGACCAGUGAAUGUUUUGAUAGAUCACACAAUGGGCAAUAGUUGUCGUGCAACAUGUGACCCAGUCUUGGCACAAUCCAGUGAACUCAUUGUUUCAUAUGGUUUUGUGCCUAGUGGAAUCUGGUUCGGUUGAUGGUCAGGGAGUUUUAUGUUCAGUAUUGGGCAACAGGAGGGAUUGCACUGAGUUUGGCUCAUUUUACUUUCAACUGUUGAACACAGUCUCAUGUCAUCGCUUGACUAAACAUAUAGGUCAUGACUUUGCUGUAUCGUGGCCAGAUGUAUUCAUUGGUUAUGGAGGAACAUAGAGUAUCCAAAGCCACGAAUUAUUGACGAUGUGUUGUACUAUCAGUGGUAUAAGGUCGCAGAUUGGGACAAAAUACAAGCUGUUAUCCUUCCACAAGCGGCUACAGUGCUAUGACUGUGUGAGAACAGUGUUAAUGUUGCAGAGUUAAGACGUUGACGGGCAUAGCACUUGGACUGCUUGUGGAACAGGGCCCUGUGUUUUGUGGGUAUUCUGCAUACCAAGCUCCACACCAACCUUUACUUCAGUGAUUAAAAUUGGGAUGUCAUGUCAUUUCUUGACGGCGAGUCAGUUGGUGUCAUCAAAACUAGUGUUGAUGUCAUCAGUUUUGUUGUAAUGUCAUCAGAUGUCAUGACAUCAUCAAUUCCUGCUGUGAUGUCAUCACCUUGUGCUCUCCUGUCAUCUUUGUCGUCAGAGUGGUUUCAACAUGAAGUUUUCGCUACGUGUCUGAUGAACGAUGUGUUUGUGUGACCUUAACCUUGGAGGAUAAAUGACCUUGACCUCAAUUUCAUGACAUGUGUCAUACAAGAAGAAAUAUGGCAUUUGACAUACUACAAUGAAUGAAUUCAGUGACAGAUGGAUUACAAAAUAUUGACAAUGAUCUCUGAAAAUGACCUUCACAUUUUCUCACGUAACCCAACUCAUGGUACAUACACUCAGUUGAGAUGUCCAUCAUUGAAAUGUGAAUUCUGAGUCGCCAAAGAGACGUUAGAAAUACAUACACUGCACUGACCUUGAUUACAUGACCUUGACCUACUGAUCUCUGAACUUGAUAUGAAAUUACACGGAAGCUGAACUAUUUGAAUGGUAACAUUAUCUACAGCUACUUUGAUUACAAUUAGGACACUUUGGGCUUUCCACCCACAUGAAGCUGACACAACAUAAUAUAACUUGAAUACUAAUCAAAGCAGUGCUAAAACCCAACUCACCCUCACACAAGUAGGAGUUUUACUGUGUUAAUAUUGCCUUUCAUCUGAUCACAUUUCUACCUGGUGCACCUUACGAUGCAUAACACAUGCGCCAUAUCAGUUGGAGCGUAUCUAAGGCAUCAGCCUUUUUAUAUUCAGGACCCUGAGGAGGGUCCUGGGUAUUUUAAAAAAAAAUGUGAUGGUUAUAGCAAAUGCAUUUUUUUGUCUCAGGUUUUACAAAUAACAAACAAUUAUGGACAAACAUGAUGGAUUUUCUGGCAAAAAACAUGCAAAUUUACAAAAAGAUAUUUUCCAAGAACAAAAUUGAAUAUCUUGAAGCAGUAACACCAAAAAUUAUACUGACACUACCUAAAAAUGCCAGCCCAACACCAUUACACACACACUACACACACACCGGAAUAUCUCUCCCUUACCAGAGUUCUCUGUUUUUUGGAUCUAAGAAAUUGUAUUGUUUGAUCAUUUCUUGAAGUAUAUACACCUUGCUUUCAGUGUAUGUACAAUAUCUGUGACACAUUUCCUUGUUAGUGAUCACGGAAAUAAUUAUUUUUUUUGUCAGUUCCUUAACCAUCAAAACAAAACCCUAAAUGACACACUUCCUAUACAUGUGAUAAAACUGCACUAAAUACUAUUAUUACCACCAGAUGUGUUUUCUGUGAUCUGUUAGAUGUGAUCUGUGACAAUGUUGAUGAUAUUACAUCCAGAUGGCAACAGACAGAACGCGUCCAUGUAGGUGUCACUGUGACUCCAUGGAGCCAUGUAGGUGUCACUGUGACUCCAUUGAGCCCUGUAGGUGUCACUGUGACUCCAUGGAGCCAUGUAGGUGUCACUGUGACUCCAUGGAGCCAUGUAGGUGUCACUGUGAUUCCAUGGAGCCAUGUAGGUGUCACUGUGACUCCAUAGAGCCAUAUAGGUGUCACUGUGACUCCAUGGAGCCAUGUAGGUGUCACUGUGACUCCAUAGAGCCAUUAAGGUGUCACUGUGACUCCAUGGAGCCAUGUAGGUGUCACUGUGACUCCAUGGAACUUUCUGAUUUGUAUAGUAAAAACUGUAUAGUGAUGAUGUGAUUGUAUUGCAAUAUGUGUUGAUAGUGGGAAAAUGAUGACUGGUCCUUGAAAGGGAGGUAACUCUGCUCCUGUACAUUCAAAUAAUAAUUUGAAUUACGUAAAUUUGACUCAAGUGGCUAUUUUUUUAAAGAGAUUUUACCACAUAACAUACUUAGUAUUGCUAGUUUGUUUUGUUUAUGAUAACAUUGUAUUUCCUUUUGUACCCUGUUUGUAUUCUCACGGUGUUACAUACUGUGCUUUUCAAUAUUGUUCACUCUCCCAUUUAUAGAAAAUAAGAUUUCUUGGUUUUAUGCUUGGUAUAUGGCUCAAAAGAUCUUUAAAACUGACAUUUUCAAAAAAACAUAAUUGGAAUGACAAGGUGUUGACAAUAAAAAUGACAGUGAAAUGCCACUGUUAAAUUUUAGAUUAAUAAUCUUAUAAGGCUUCAAACCAGGCCAAGAAUUUUUAGGUUUUUUUUCACUGAUCCAAAUCAAACUUUAAGAGGAUUACACAAAUCUCAUUUUUUGGUUUGGUUUGUUGUUUGGUACGCCGCACUCAGCAAUAUUCCAGCUAUAAAUCCAUCUGUAAAUAAUCGAUCUGGACCAGACAAUCCAGUCAUUGAUAUCAUGAGCAUCGAUCCACGCAAACAAAUCUCGUACAAAGCAUUUUAUUAUGUUGUCUUUUUCGACCAUCCAGAUUUUGCAGGGUCAAAAUCUGUAAACAAAAAAACUAUGUCUGUCCCAAUAGAUUUAUCACGCAGUUCAGCAAGAUUGUAUGAAUAUGUAUUGUGAUUGACGAAAUGAAUAACAGUUAAUCUACACAUCAAUAUUUUGUUACAAUUAGGCUAAUUCGUGCUGCAGAUUCUUAGGGAGGAAGGCAAAGGUAAAAUUUACAAAUUCAAAACAUGAUCGAGGGAGUGAUAAAAUAUGUUGAAUACCCAAAGGAAAUGAAAAUUGAAAUACUCAGUGAGAAUGAUUAGAUUAGAGUGAAUGCUCAAUGGCAUAAUAAAUUAUCUGAAUACAUUUUCUGUGCCAUUGUGACCUAAUUUAUGGCCUCAUUUGUGAAGAGACCUUGACAUCAAGAUGCCGUUACAAUACUUGUUUUCACUUCUUGGAUGUUACUUCUUUGGCAAUGAAGACAUCUUUGACUUAUGGAUUUCGACUUCUUUAAUCUUUUAAUGUGAUGUUUUAGUACAGAUGUUGCAAUGGAAGAAUUAAGAAGUGGAAAUCCAUGGCCAACUCUGUCUUCAUUAAUACUGCUGCUUCUAAAAUGUCACUUAAAGAUGUAUUUUUUGCAUUGUACAACAUUAAGCAAUGUAAAAAUGAUCACACAAUCUCAGUUCAGUAUCAGUUUCAACUUUAUAUAUGUAUGAUGUGUCCAAGAAAGUCGAUUGUACGAUUCCAACUAUUGACAUAGAGUUCAAUUUAUUGUCAGAUAUCAAGCAGCAGUUGACAAACUUUGUUCCAAUAUCAUUAAAACUAAUAUAUUGUAGAUACCAGGCAAGUAUAUAUAUAUUCUACAUGGCUGUUUUCUGUAAAUAAUCUGCAAUAUACACAACUGAAUAAGGACUGUAUAUUUACGGUCUUUUAAGGGAGCAGUUGUGAAGAUGACUUCUGAAUUGGUCCAGAUGUUGGUCAAGGUGCACUAAUUGGAACUGGGCACUUAAUAUGGCAAAAACGGUAUGGACUACAAAUCAGUCUGUCACUCUUUUGCAAGAAUAUUUCAUUCUGAAAAAGAUGGCAGCUCCUCAGACAGUUCUAUGUUAAAUUACAAUGGAUCGUAUUAGAAGUUCUGUCACUGAAUCUGAAAAUGGAAAUGCAUGGAGAGUUCUGACAUUUUGAAGAACAUUCAGCUCAACCCGAAUCGAAGACAUAUAAACCAAUAAUUGUGUGGAAUAAAACCUUCUACAGUAAAAUGAAGAUUUCAAAUUUAUUAACACAUGAUGCAUGCCAGCAAUUGCAGAAUUUUGUUGUGAGCCACUUUCUUUGUUAGGUACCAUAAGAAAGGUCUGUUGGUACCAAAGGUCAAUGACCUGGUACAAGGUAGGUUCCUGUUGUCAGAAGAGUACCUCUGCUGCAUUACCGGAAGACUUAUACCACAACGACAUGGGAUGAUUAUUUCUGAUGGGGAGAAAGGAAUCUUAAUAUAAGGGACCUUCCAUUUAAUAUCUAAGGGAGUCUGAUAUUUUUGUUAGAGAUAGGAUUUUUUUUUUUUUGUAACUAGUUUCUGGAAAAGCAGGAGCUUUACACCAAAUGUUUUUUAUGACAUUCAGUAUUUCUAGUGAACAACAUUGUUUUUAGCUAAAACCUGAGGACGAAAUUAUUUUUUUCAAUAAAUUUCUGGAAUAAGUGUUGUUUUUUUUAUCCCAACAUCUGUUUAUAUCUACCCCCUAUCAAAUAUCAAAUGGUCAGUCCCAGGAUAAAUGUGAAGCUUAUGUCUGUGAUUGUCCACAUACAGUGAAACUCAGUGAGUCUCUGAUUGUCCACAUGCAGUGAAACCCAGUAAGUCUGUGAUUGUCCACAUGCAGUGAAACCCAGUAAGUCUGUGAUUGUCCACCUACGGUGAAACCCAGAUGGAUAAUUUACAAAUAUGAUCCACAAAUGUUGUUAUAUUCACAAGGCUUACCUGUGGUUAGCACUUACUCAUUCACAAAUGUACUGUUUUCAAAUUUUUCAAUGUUUAGUAUUGUUUAAGAUAAGCUGCAUUGAUGAACACAUUCAUAGCAAUAAGGUACUGUGAAGUGCUGGCAUAUCUUCAGCAGUUACAGCUGACAUGAGGGUUUUAAAACGAUUUCUAAACAACUCUUUUCAUUUGAUGUUUUAGAUGUUUUAUCAAUAUUGUUUACUUAGAAUUAAAAUAGAAGUAAAAAUAGAUAAAAGAAUAAAUAGUGAUAAUAUCAUAUUUCACUAUUCAUAUCAUAUUUUUCUACCUUUGUCCCUCUAUGUGAUGACACCCGCACUGGUAUAUAGGCAGUGCAAUAUACAUUAUUAUGUACUCAACUAGAUUUGUAUGUUUCAUACCAUUUGUAGGACGAUUGUUUAUACCACCUGUAAAUCCCUUUGUUGUAAUGUAUGAUGAAGUGUAAAUUCCUUUGUUCUAUUGUUUGACAAACUGUAAAUUUCUUUGUUCUGUUGUUUGGCAAGCUCUAAAUUCCUUUGUUCUAUUGUUUGACAAAGGUGUAAAUUCCUUGGUUCAAUUGUUUGAAAAAGGUGUAAACUCCUUUGUUCUAUUGUUUCACAAGCUGCAAAUUCCUUUGUUCUAUUGUUUCACAAGCUGUAAAUUCUUUUGUUCUAUUGUUUGACAAAGGUGUCAAUGCCUUUGUUCUAUUGUUUGACAAGCUGUAAAUUCGUUUGUUCUAUUGUUUGACAAAGGUGUAAAUGCCUUUGUUCUAUUGUUUGACAAGCUGUAAAUUCUUUUGUUCUAUUGUUUGACAAACUGUAAAUUUCUAUCUUCUCUGUAUGAUGAGCUGUUAAUUCCUUUGUUUUGUUGUAUAAGCUGUGACUUCUUUCUUUUAUUGUGUGACAAAUGAAGUCUUGUUGGUUGAUGACAUUUAUAAGUGACCGCUGGUUACAGAUAAAUUAUAUACGCGUUUUAUCAGAGUUUCUUAUAUAUUUUGUCAGUUAUUGUAAAUAGGGAAUAAAAGGUUGUGCAA